AUGAAUGCAUGGGUUAAAAUUUUGUUACCUAAUCUUAAUCUAACACCCGCGCCUGGUUAUGUUGAUGAUGAUGAACUUGAAAAACGUGAUUACAUUACCAAUGACACAAUCCAAUUUGCUCCUAAUAAUAAUAUAAAUGAGAUACAUAAAGUCACUGGUGUUGAUCGUGUACAAAAUGAGUUUUUGAGUUUUGGAACUGGGAUUAAAGUUGGAAUUGUUGAUUCAGGAAUUGAUUACAGGCAUCCAGCACUUGGCGGCUGUUUUGGAACAGGAUGUAGAGUGGCAUAUGGACAUAAUUUUGUUUUAGAUUUAACCAACCUUAAUGCUAGUGAUCCACUUGAUAUUUGUAAUGGUCAUGGUACACAUGUUGCUGGUUUGAUAGGUGCUAAUGACAGUCUAGUAACUGGAUUUAUGGGAGUUGCUCCUAAUGUCACUUUUGGUGUUUAUAGAGCCUUGAAUUGUGUGGGUUCAGGGAGUGCUGACAAUAUAAUGGCUGCAUUAGAAGCAGCUGCAACUGAUCAAAUGGACAUAAUAAAUUUAUCUUUAGGAGGUGAAGGAUGGGCAGAAACUUCAAUGUCUGUUUUGGCAGAUUCAAUUGCAAAUCGAGGAAUCAAUGUUAUAGCUGCCAAUGGUAAUGAAGGAAUUCGUGGUAUCUGGGAUUCUGGUAUACCUGCAAUUGGUUAUGGCACCAUUUCUGUUGCAUCAAUGGAUGCUAAAAAUUUUCUCGUUUACCGGGCAACUGAUAUUAAAGAUUCUUCAUUUAUAAUUGAUUAUAUUUCAAGUAGUGCUAGACCUUUUAAUAUUAAUCAAGGAGAAACAGUAAUUUUGGAUAGUUCAAACAAUUGUAAAGAUAUUCCUGUUCAAAAUUUAACAGGAAAAGUAGUAAUUCUAAAUAUCUAUGCUGCAAAAAUUAAUCAAUGUAUUGUAUCACAACUGGUAAUUAAUUCUGAUUUUUUUCUAUAG